CUCGACGCUCGCUAUCAUACACAGUACCCGCACGUCGUUCAUCACACUCAGCACCUCCCGUAAUGGCGACCUCGACGACGGCCUCGCAGGAGGAGAUGAAGCAGGCUGGCAUCCCCCUCGCGUGGAGGGACUCUUGCUCCGCGCUGCUCAUUCCACUGAAUGUAUGCCGAAAGCAGAAGUACUACCUGCCAUGGGAGUGCGAGCACGAGAAGCAUGCAUAUGAGAAGUGCCAAUAUGAGGACUAUGUUCGCCGGAUGAAGCUGCUGUCGAAACAGAAGAUAGCUGCACGGGAGGAGGAAUCGUGA